AUGCGCGCCCGCGCGCCGCGCAUCGGCGCCGCGAGGUCCGCGGGAGUCCAGCCGUGCCCGCGCGUCGUCGCCCCGAACGGCCGCCGGCGCCCGGUGCGUUGCGCCGCGGCGGGCGCCCCGGACGACCCGUACGCGGCGCUGGACAGGACCCCAAAGACGCUCACCUUACGAAUCGGCGAGAGCGAGGUCACCGUCGAGACCGGUCGCAUCGGCCGCCAGGCCAACGGCGCGGUCAUGGUCACCGAGGGCGAGACUGUGAUUUACGCCACCAUCUGCGCGGGGCGCGACGUCACCGCCGACGGGGGCUUCGUCCCGCUGACCGUCAACUACCAGGAGCGGUACAGCGCGGUCGGCCGGACCGCGGGCGGCUACCGCAAGCGCGACGGCGGCGUGCGCGAGAACGAGACCCUCAUCGGGCGACUCGUGGACCGACCGCUCCGUCCGAUGAUCCCAAAGGGGUGGGCCUACGACACGCAGAUCCUCGAGUGGGUGCUCUCGUACGACGGCGCACGAAGCACGGACGCGCUCGCCAUCACCGCCGCCAGCUGUGCCGCGGCAAUCUCGGACGUCCCGCUCAAGAAACCCAUCGCCGGCGUGCGCGUGGGUUUGUUACCGGGAGAGACGGAGCCCCUCAUCAAUCCCACGUGCGAGCAGAUGGAGCGUUCGAGGCUGGACCUCGUCCUCGCCGGCACCGAGGACGCGGUGAUGAUGAUCGAGGGGUUCGGCGAUUUCCUCACCACGCAGGAGAUGCUCUACGCCAUCGAGAAGGGCCACGAGGCGGUGGCGAACGCGUGCAGGGACAUCGACGCCUGGGCCAAGGACGUCGGCCGAGUCAAGAACGAAGCCGCCGUCCUCGUCGCGCCCGAGGGGGUCGACGACGCGGUGCGGGCGCUCGUCGGCGCGGAGCUCGCGGAGGCGAUGGCGAUCAGCGUGAAGCAGACGCGCGGCGCCGCAGUGGAGGGCAUCCGCGCCAGGGCGAUCGAGUCAUUGGCGGGCGGCGACGACGCGAAGUUCACGGUAAGCGCGGUUCGACGUCCCGCUCAAAGUUUGCGUUUUGCGUUUUGCGCUUUGCUCCUCUUUUCCCUCUUCCCCCCGGGGCCCCGGGCUUUUUCGCGUCCGUUCGUCCGUCUCCCCCCCCCGGCACUCGAAAAUGACGUGAGGCUCGCGUGCGGUCGGUGCGAGUCGAACGCGCUGCGCUCCAUGAUCCGCGCGAACGGCGUGCGGCAAGACGGGCGCGACACCAAGACGGUCCGCCCCAUCACCUGCUCCGGCGGCCUCCUCCCGAGAACUCACGGGUCCUCCCUGUUCACCCGCGGGGAGACCCAGGCGAUCGCGGCGGCGACUUUGGGGGGAGCGACGGAUGCGCAGAAGGUUGACGGCCUCGGCAACGACAAGGACAGGAGGUUUUACCUCCACUACUUCUUCCCGCCGUCCUCGGUGGGCGAGACCGGUCGCGUGGGAGCGGCCAGUCGCAGGGAGGUGGGCCACGGGAACCUCGCGGAGAGGGCGCUCAUGCCGGUCAUCCCCCCGUACGACGAUUUCCCCUUCACCGUGAGGCUGGAGUCCACAAUCACGGAGAGCAACGGGAGCUCGUCGAUGGCGACGGUGUGCGCCGGGUCGCUCGCGCUGCAAGACGCGGGGGUGCCAAUCACACGGAAAGUUGCGGGCAUCGCCAUGGGUCUCAUCCUCGGCGACGAGUCCGCGGGCGAAGCUCCCGUGAUCCUCACCGACAUCCUCGGAAGCGAGGACGCCCUGGGAGAUAUGGACUUCAAGGUGGCGGGCGACGGCGACGGCAUCUCCGCUUUUCAGAUGGACAUCAAGGUCGAGGGCAUCACCCUCGCCGUGCUGCGCGAGGCGUUGGAAUCGGCUCGCGUCGGCCUGGUUCACAUCCUCGGCGAGAUGGACAAGGCGGACCCGGCUCCCGCGGGCCGGAUGAGCGCGUACGCUCCGCAGGUUGAGGUGGUCGAGGUGCCCACGAAGUACAUCGGCAAGGUGAUCGGGAAAGGCGGCGAGCAGAUCAAGGCCAUCUGCGAGCAGACCAAGAUCGACACCAUCGACAUCAACGAGGAGGGAGUCGUCACCCUCACCGGUUCCUUUGGCUGCGACAUGCCCAAGGCGGUGGAGAUCAUCAGGAGCCUCACCGUCGAGCCCGAGGUUGGCAAGACGUACAGGAACGCGAGGGUGACCAAGGUUCUCGAUUUCGGCGCCUUCGUCGAGAUCCUCCCCGGCGUCGAGGGUCUGUGCCACGUCAGCGAACUGGACGUCACGCGCGUGGCGAACGUCCGCGACGUCGUCGAGGAGGGUCAGACGAUUGACGUGAAGCUGCUGGAGACGAACGAGCGCGGGCAGUUCAAGCUGAGCAGGCGCGCGGUGCUGCUCGACGAGGGCGGGGAGAAGGUCAGGCGGGAGCUGGCCGAGGCGAAGGUCGCCGCCGGCGGUGACGACGCCGACGACGCGCCGGGACGGGGAAGACCGCCGCCGAAGGCGAGACGCGGGCGAAGCCGCCUCCGGGAGUGA